UAAAAAAACAAAUGAAUGAACUAAAAUACACAGCUAUCUGGACCAUAAAAUAACAAGUUACUAAAUGGAUACCUGUUAAUGCUGUGGUCAGUCAUUGAUCAUGCUAGCAAUGCAUGGUUUAAAAAAAAAAAAAUUGGUCUGGUUGGAGAGAUGGCUCAGCAGUUAAGAGCACUGGCUUCUCUUCCAGAGGACCCAGGUUCAACUCCCGGCACCCAAAUGGCAGUUCAUAACUGUCUUUAACUUCUGCACCAAGGGAUCUGACAACCCUAACCCAGACAUAACAUGCUGUCAAAACACCAGUGUAUAUAAAAUAAAAGUAAAUAAAUUUUAAAAACUUGGUCAAGCCAGGCAUUCUGGUGUGUGCCUUAGGGCAGAGGCAGAUAGAUCUCUGUGGGUUCCAGGCCAGCCUUUUACACGGUGAGUUUCAGGACAGCCAAGGCUACAUAGAGAGACCCUGUCUCAAAACAAAACAAGCCAUGAUGGCACACAACUGUAAUUCCAGAGACAGAGGCAUAGGCCAACCUGGUCCACAGAGCAAGUUUCAGGACACCCAGGGCUACACAGAGAAACCUUGUCUUGAAAAAACAACCAACAAAACAAAUAAGAAACUAAAUGGAGAAAGACACAAAUACAUGGGGCAUUAAUAAUAAGAGGAAUUUUUCACAGACAGCCUGUGGGGCACACUUCCCCACUCAUGGCAAGAAGCGCUGGAUGGACUGAACCCACCGCAGCUGGCCACCCUGCUGCUGGGAAUGCCCAGGGAAGGGGAGGAGAUCAGUCCACAGCUUGUGCCCUCGCCUUUACCCGGACACCUCGCUUUCACACCCCAUCAGAGUUCCUGGAGAACCCCAGCCAGAGCUCCCGACUGACAGCUCCUUUUCGGAAACAUGUCAAGCCCAAGAAGCAGCAUGAGAUCCGGAGGCUGGGAGAGUUGGUGAAGAAGCUUAGUGAUCUCACUGGCUGCACCCAAGUUGUGGAUGUGGGUUCAGGCCAGGGCCAUCUCUCGCGCUUCAUGUCUCUGGGGCUGGGGCUGAUGGUGAAGAGCCUUGAAGGGAAUCAGAGGCUGGUGAAGAGAGCUCAGCGUCUAGACCAGGAGCUCAUGCAGGCUCUGGACAAAAUGGAGAAGAGGAACCCAAAGGUGGUGCAAAGUAGCACUCGCCAUCGCCCUCAUCAUGUGGUUCAGUGGGUCAGCCCCACAACUCUGUGUGAGGAGCUUCUGCUUCCUCUGGAGAUACCAGGCCAAAGUAGUACCCGUCUGCUACUCACAGGCCUUCAUGCUUGUGGGGAUCUUAGUGUUGCCUUGCUGAGACACUUCUGCUGCUGUCCUGAAGUGGUGGCCCUGGCUUCAGUGGGCUGCUGCUACAUGAAACUCAGUGAUCCUGGCAGCUACCCACUGAGUCAGUGGAUAGCUGGGCUGCCUGGCCAUGAACUACCCUACAGGCUCCGGGAGGGUGCCUGCCAUGCUCUGGAGGACUAUGCGGAGAGAUUACAGAAAGCAGGGCCUGACCUGCAAACACACUGCUUCCGUGCAGCACUGGAAACAGUCAUCCGACAAGUCUGCCCUGAGCUUCGGAGGCCUGGAGUGCAAGGAAUCCCCAGGGUCCAUGAACUCAAGAUUGAAGAAUAUGUGCAACAAGGGUUGCAGCGAGUGGGUCUGGACCCCCAGCUACCUUUGGAUCUGGCUGCCCUCCAGGCCCACCAGGCCCAAGAGAAUCGUGUGGUGGCCUUCUUCAGCUUGGCCCUCCUGCUGGCCCCACUGGUAGAGACACUGAUUCUGCUGGACCGGAUGCUCUAUCUUCAGGAGCAAGGCUUCUAUGCUGAGCUUUUGCCGAUCUUCAGCCCUGAACUCUCUCCGAGAAAUCUGGUUCUGGUGGCCACCAAGACACCUCUGGGUCAGGCCUUCUCCACUCUUGAGACUGAAGACAGCUGACAGUCUAAAACCACCAGUGCCAGUAUGGCUAGAUACCAUAACUUGUCACCAUUUAGAGUGCCCUGCAUCCUGCUGGGAUUCUGGCUCUUUGCAAACUUCAGAUUUGUACCCUUUCUUUCCCUUCACAUGUAAAGUAAUGCUUGUAACUUAAGACUCAACUCCUUUCUCUAUAAAUAUCAUGUAAAUUUUAUUUAUUAAAACAUAACUCCUUAAACAGGGAAAAGAACACAGGGCCUUCUUGCUUCCAU